AGGAAAAGAAAACCUCUCGUUUUGCUAACAAACAACCAAGGCGAGUUUUACACUGCUGUCCAUGUCAAACUAGGGAGAAGGACGUGGCGGCGGCCGCCUCUAUUUCGAACUAUCAUAUAGACAGCCGUGCUUAAUACCUACUUCGGCAAAAGAACCUUCCGUAUCGAAACAUGUCCUCUGAAUCCGAUCCCCCUGACGACCCAGCUCCCCCAGCACCGGGCCGCGCGCGCAGCAUGGGUCUUGGGCCCGUGUACGUGCCCCGGCUCGGAGUGGAAGGGUAUACGAGAAAAGAUCCACGCCUCUACGAGGCAACGCUGCAGGUGCAGUGCGAAACGGAGCAGCGGCGUGCACGCAAUGUCCGCGACGCGGCCGCUAUGCGACAAUCCGCGUACCUGCAGAGAAGCGCGGAGGCCGCCGAUUUGGCGCUCCAAGAGGAAAUCAAAAGGGACGUCUGGGCCCGGGAGGUGGCUACCCACCGCCGGCAAGAGCUGGAGCGUCGGCAGGAACGCGAGAGGGCGGAAGAGGAAGAUAGCCGGCGUAAAAGUAUCUAUCGCACAGGCAUGAACUGCGUGGUCACGAUUUCAUGCAAAAAAUAUUGCAAUACAGCAAGAGGCGGUCUGGCUCUGGACAACGUAAGAACAUGACGCUUACAUGAGAAGUACCGCUCCUGCUACAGCUUCUUCAACGAAAAUCGCAGUUCUAGCAGCAAGUGCUGAAAACACUUUUGCACAGCAUAGGACAAAAUAUCGUACGAGAGCAGGAUGAAAUCGCACAGACGUCCAAUAAGCGGGUGCGGGAAUACCGGCACCUGCAGCAGAAAUACGAUAAGAAAGCCGAGCGAUGGGGCAACACGGGGGAAGCACUAAAUCACGGCAUCACGUCAAUGGUGAUGCAAUUCGGCACGCAGCCAAGAACCAACAUCGUAAUAUCUCCUGGUAUAUCCCGUGCAAAUAAAGUAUCGCACUCGUCGUAAUUUUGCUAUCAAGCAUGACAAACAUCCCUUUUUUAGGUGUGUCAGAAUUAUGAAUUCCAGUUUUCCUUUUGAGAAAAUUUGAUGUGAUGCAAUUUUGUAUACUAGCACGAACAAACGAUACUGUUGCAAAGCAUAGGACACCUCCCAUGGUUCUGGAGCAGGAGACCAAGCCGCUGCGUUUUCACCAAUCUCUGCCGAUAACUACGAGAACAACUCGUUUUCUUCCUCUUCGUCAAGUGGGUGGGAGGACAAGCGUAUUCGACUGCAGGAGAACCACAACAACUACCCAUCUACCUCUUCCCCAUUUCUCCCACAGCCACCACGACCGGCGUUGGGGACAACAGGAUCUAGCAGGGGCAGGAGUUUGCUGCAGGGUAAUAAUCCGUUUGCCACGAUGAGGAUGAAUAGAAGUGGACCAGAACAACAAGAACAACAACAACCCGAGCUGUUGACCUCUUCGUCUUCGUCGGCAACUUCUCAUGAUUCCGGUAGCUCCUCCUCAUCUUCUCGUGCUGCGCCCGCCGCGACCGCGGGAUUAAACGCACGUGCACUGGCCUCCCUUACCGGUCACGUACAGAAGCAAUACGAGGAAGAGUUUGUAAACAACCGCUCAAAUAGUAACCUGGUUGAUAUCGGCCAGGCCGACCAAGAAGCCGGAAGCGCGGAAAGUUUAUUUGCUGCGAAUGAGGGUGAGCAGAACAACAAAUCAACGCGGUCUAUGGAACUCUGAAACGCGACCUUCGUCUCAGCGGCUGUUGCGUGAUUUGUCAUGCAAAGUCAACACCAAGGUCCGUCUACACGACGCAGCUACCUCGCAUGACAAAUUUUUGAACGGCUACACCGCACAGAAAUCUUCUGUGCCGAAUUUGUAAUGCUAGGGGCGCAAGAAGAUACUCAUCUCGGCCAAUUUUCAUUUUGAUGCCUCUCUAUUGCAAAUUACCAGUUCACGUAACUACAGCUGAGAGCCACACGUAUCAGAGUGAAAAAAGCCCCCACCCCAUACCAAAACGGAGAUUUGUGUAGCAUGAUUUGCUACCACAAAUCACGUUGUCAUGCUAGAAGGCAAAAGAUGCGGACUGUAGUGCUGGCUGGCGUGAGAAAGCCUUGCACUUUCAGCAAGAGAGGAGACAACUGGAAGUGGAAAACAGCAUGACAAACUGCCUGCAGUUCAGGCCACAGCUGCGUCUCUUGGCAUUCUAGCAAUACAAGUCGAUUUGUGUACGCAAAUCCAGCAUCACAAGUUUACUUUCGAUAUGGGGAGGGGGGAUUUUUCCUCGCAAUAUCACGUUUGAGAACUCCAUACGGCCGACCCGGCGGUUGGAAGAGGAGGUAUCAAAUCCAAAUAUGUCUGGGUCUGGAAAGUUGGAACUUGUGAUGCUCAUCUUGCAUUCCUGUGAAAUCUGUAUUGAAUGACCAACAAAACUGGUAGCCUCUCAUGUCAUACAAAAACGCAUUUUCUCAUGCAGAGUUCGUAUGAGAAAGCGUCCUGCAAACUUGUCUUGUCAUGCUUUCCUGCAUAAGGAAGCGUACUUUCUCUUGCACAUUUCGGCAUGACAAAUUUCCAGACCCAGACAUAUUUGCAUUUGAUAAGAAGCGUGCGUGGACGAUUUUCAGCAGAAGAAAUCAUAUCAACUGCCACUGCGUCUGGGUUUGGAAAAGUGGAACUUGUGCUGGUUGUCUGGUACUCCUACAAAAUCUGUAUUGCAUGACGAACUGCAGAAGAACCCAAGCAACUUCAUUUGUCAUUCAAAAACGCAGUUUGUAGUGCGCACUGCGCAUGACUAGAGAGCGUCGUAUAGAAGUUGUCAUGCUUGGCUGGCGUAGAAGUUCGCCGAUCACGUAGAAUUCCUCAUCACAAGUUUCCAGAGCCAGACCCAGACCUAUUUGCGAUGCAUAAAUCAGUCUCGAGCGUUUAUCCGCCCCACGAGAACAGAACAACGGGUUCGACCACAUCACAUCAUGCGCAUGCCCCCGACGUGAAUAAGAACCAGAGAGUGCUGUACCACGCGGCCCCAAUUUCUACAACUACCCUGCAGAACACGACGAAGGCGCUUCCCCCGUUACAGUUCAAUCUGGGUGGAAGAUCAUUCCCGAACACGAGCCAGCACAACAAGAUAAUUCCCACGACUUCUACCGGCGCAUCAAGCUCCUCCUUGCCAUCGGCCGCGACGUCGUCCGCCGGCCGGCUCUCCACGGGCGGCGGCUAUUUGGGUUUUGGUACAACCGCGAAAUUGCCCCUGCAGCAACCGGCGGUUUUCAAUCCCAGUGGAGCCGGGACUUCUUUCAAGGCGAGUACUACGAUUGGGACGACGACGACUACUUUGAAUCCGAUCGGCAGUCGGAUUAUGAAUGUUUUUGGGGGAAAUCAGGUACUUGCAUCUAUUGAUGUCUUGAUCGCGGAAUUUGUAAUGCACACAGGACAUAGAAGGAGAGCUUUUGUUUUGUCCGCAUUUUGACCACCACCAGUUGCUCGCUUCGUCUUGCUGGUUGGUGCUGUUCGAACUUCAUCGCGAAAAAAAAAUAAAUAUGUCCAGCAGACUACAACGUCGCAACCACCGAACGGGCCGGCUGCUGCAUCCUCGUCCGGCGUCCACGAGGAGGACGAACUGAUGCCGCAAGCCGACGCCGGACCCGCACCGGUCGUCGUGGCCGCGCGUAAUGUAGUUUUUGGAGCAGGAAUAUUCAACAACAGUCAAUCGAUUGGCAUCGGCGCAAAUAACCAGGGGAGUAGCUUCAACCGUGCAUUCGCAUUCGGGGUGAACGCUGCGGGGCAGGCUCAGGCCGCGUCGCAGCCCAUCGCAACCGUAUUCACUGCAGAAGCAUCGCAGUACGAGUACCACGAUAUAGGAAUUGCAUCACGAAACUUUUUGAACCCAGAAGAAAAAAUCAAUUUGUAAUGCUGAUCUUUGCAGAAAAAGACAAAAUAUGCAAGUGCAAUCUAGGUAUACGACUACGAUACUUCUGCACAGGAUAUGAAGCCGGUGGGAGUAAUAUUUUCAGCAGGAACGCGAAUUCCCAGCAGGGUUUGGUCCACCAGCACGGGCAAGAACAGGGGCAGCAGCAGCUGCAGCAGCAGCCAUCCUGA